GUGGUCCCAAUGCAAUCUACGCAGAUUUCAUCUACUACUGUUAUUUUACCAAGUGAAGUGAUCCAACCGCCACAGCAAUCUGCAGUUCCUUCAGAGUUUAAAAAUACACUUCCGUCGCGUUUAAAUCUAUUUGAAGGUUUUGAUCAGUCAUUUUCUGAACUUACAAAUCCAUAUCAACCAGUUAUUCCGUUGAUGCAGAGAGAAUCCUUGUUAGGUGCAAGUUCAUAUUAUAGUUCUCCAAGUCAAAAUCAGAGAUCUUAUCAGAAUCACCGUCAACAUUCUAAUCCAGAUACUAUCAAUCUGAGAUCACAACAGCAGAAGAGAAAACCGAGAGUUUUGUUCACACAACAUCAGGUUAAUGAACUUGAAGAACGAUUUAAAAAGCAACGUUAUGUGACAGCCACUGAGCGAGAAGAGCUAGCCCAAUGUCUUGGCCUCACAGCCACACAAGUGAAAAUUUGGUUUCAAAAUCGCCGAUACAAAUGCAAGCGGUUAGCCCAGGACAGAACCUUACAAUUGAGCCAGAUCCCUUUCAAUCCAAUGUUUGCAUCAGCAUUUCCAUUUGGAAUAAACAGCUUUGGAACUGCACCAUCGUCUUCUUCGUCUGGAUCAUGAUUUUUUUUUUCAAUUUUUUCUUCAUAUUUAUAGCUAUUUUUCUUUUCAAUUACACUGUUUAACUUUUGAGACGCAUAUUUAACAAAAUAAAUAAAAACACACAGA